CGGGGACCGGCCUGCGCGCGCAUGCGCCGUGAUAAAAGGCCGGUACCUCGGGCAAGAUGGCUACGAAGAGUAUCGCUUCCCGCCUCCGGGGCUCCCGGCGUUUUCUGAGUGGCUUCGUGGCCGGGGCUGUAGUGGGCGCUGCGGGAGCUGGGUUCACGGCCCUGCAGUUCUUCCGGGGUCAGGGCGCUGAGGGAGCGGUGACAGGGAAGCAGCCGGAUGGAUCUGCGGAAAAGGCUGUCUUGGAACAAUUUGGAUUCCCUUUAACUGGAACAGAGACAAGGUGUUACACUAAUCACGCUUUGUCUUAUGAUCAGGCAAAGCGGGUGCCUAGAUGGGUUCUUGAACAUAUUUCCAAAAGCAAGAUAAUGGGUGAUGCAGACAGAAAGCAUUGUAAAUUUAAGCCUGAUCCCAAUAUCCCUCCAACCUUCAGUGCCUUCAAUGAAGAUUAUGUUGGAAGUGGGUGGUCACGAGGACACAUGGCUCCAGCAGGAAAUAACAAAUUUUCAAGUAAAGCCAUGGCUGAAACCUUUUACCUUUCUAACAUUGUGCCUCAGGAUUUUGAUAAUAAUUCUGGAUAUUGGAACAGAAUAGAAAUGUACUGUCGAGAACUGACAGAAAGGUUUGAAGAUGUUUGGGUGGUAUCUGGGCCUUUGACGUUACCUCAGACUAGAAGCGAUGGAAAAAAAGUAGUUAGUUACCAGGUGAUUGGCGAGGACAACGUGGCAGUCCCCUCACACCUUUAUAAGGUAAUCCUGGCCCGCAGAAGCUCAGUAUCUACCGAACCACUGGCACUAGGGGCCUUUGUGGUACCUAAUGAAGCCAUCGGCUUCCAGCCUCAGUUAACUGAAUUCCAAGUGAGCCUCCAGGACCUAGAGAAGUUGUCAGGACUGGUGUUUUUUCCUCAUUUGGAUAGAACUAGAGAUAUCCGGAAUAUCUGCUCUGUGGACACCUGUAAGCUUCUGGAUUUCCAGGAGUUCACCUUGUACUUGAGUACAAGAAAGAUUGAAGGAGCCCGAUCAGUGCUCAGACUGGAAAAGAUCAUGGAAAACUUGAAGAAUGCAGGGAUUGAACCAGAUGAUUACUUCAUGAGUCGCUAUGAGAAGAAGCUAGAGGAACUCAAAGCUAAGGAGCAGUCAGGAACCUAGACAAGAAAGCCAUCCUUGUUUUUAUCUCAAGAUGUGUCAUACCGUCUGUAAUGAAGCAAGCAUGCCCUCUUUAGGCUAACAUAGUUUAGUGGCUUUGCUUUUUGCUUUUUAAAAAAUUUUUCUCUUUAAGAGAUGUCUCGCUGUGUCAUCCAGGCUGGAGUGCAGUGGUGGAAUCAUAGCUCCCUAUAGACUCGAACUUCUGGGCUUAAGCAAUCCUCCUGCCUCUGCCCCCGAGCAGCUGAGACUACAGGCACACACCAUCACCCUCAGCUACUAGUGGCUUUGCUCUAAAGAAACAAAUGGAAUCCUAAAUUUACGACUAAAAAUUCUCCCAAAAGAUGAAAGAUCACAGUGUUUUUGUUAGUAUUAUAUUUGACUCAGGAACUAAUGAUUAAGGGAGCUUUGACACCUGCAGAUGGAGGACUGAUCUUGUGUCAAGUUAACAGGAACACUGCCCACAGAUGACACUGCAUUUGUAUCCCGCUGGAUGUAGAGUAUUGGGAAGGCAUUUGUUCAGUUUCAUACCUCCAAACCAUGCAUUGUCUUUGAUGUAUCUGCCCAGCCUUCUCAGAACUCAGUGUUGUACAUUUUUCCCCCUAGGACCUGAAUUGGUCUUGGAGGUGGCUUUUAGAAAUCAUCUAUGUAGUUCCUGUCCACAUGGCACUGUAUAUUUGUUUCUUCUUUCUCCUCUCAUGAAUCUGCUCUUUUUUCUACUUCAGUCUAUGUAGAAGUACUCAGCAACUAGUUUCUGCUGACUAGAUUUAUUCUAUAUACUAGGCUCAGUGCUUUA